AUGGCGACCGUCCGAAUCACCUCUACGGCAUUAUCGCGCAAAGCCCUCGCAACAUGCCGGCCACGACUCUAUAUCGGACUUCGUGCCGCGCGUCCGAUCUCGCGCGUCCCCUCAUUCGCAUCCAAAUACUCUACCGCGGCCCCGACCCCUUCUCUCGCUCCCAAAAUUGAGCGCGGUGGCUCCAAACUAUUCCCUGACGCAGAUGCUGCGGUGCGUGAUAUUAAGAGCGGAUCCACCAUCCUCAGCUCAGGCUUUGGACUUUGCGGUGUUGCAGAAACGCUGAUCAAUGCCAUGCACCGUCGAGGCGUCGAUCAACUACACUCUUUGACUGCUGUAUCAAAUAAUGCCGGUGCCGCCGGCAAAGGAGGCCUCUCAACCUUGUCACACAAUGGCCAAAUAGACCGACUGGUCCUGUCCUACUUGGGAAAUAACAAAGCAUUGGAGAAAAAGUACCUCUCAGGAAAUAUCGCCAUCGAACUCUGCCCCCAAGGCACCUUGGCAGAACGCCUGCGCGCAGGCGGCGCCGGAAUUCCAGCAUUCUUCACUCCGACCGGUGUUCACACCUAUAUACAAGAAGGAAAGAUUCCUGUUCGCAUGGAUGAAUCAGGCAAGGUCCUGGAAUCGGGCAAGCCCCGCGAGACCCGCGACUUCAAUGGCAAGACAUACCUCAUGGAGACGGCAUUGACUGGAGAUGUGGCUAUAUUGCGGGCAUGGAAGGCCGAUGAGGCUGGAAACUGUGUUUUCCGAUACACUACCAAGGCUUUCGGCCCGAUCAUGGCGAAGGCAGCCACGUUGACCAUUGUGGAAGCGGAAAACAUCGUUCCUCUUGGUUCCAUCGACCCAAAUGAUGUCGACCUACCCGGUAUCUUUGUGGACCGUAUAGUUCCCGCCACGGACGAGAAGCAUGUCGAGAUCAUGAAGCUCCGAGAGGCCGAGGAUUCUGCCGAGUCUGGAUCUACCAAGAAUGCUGCACAAAUCGAACGAGAGCGGAUUGGUCGUCGCGCGGCUAAGGAGCUGAAGCAAGGAUUCUAUGUGAAUCUUGGUGAAUUCCCACUCUUCGCGCCGUCAUUCCUACCUAAGGAUGUUAAGGUGUGGAUCCAGUCUGAGAAUGGAAUUCUAGGCAUGGGGGCGUAUCCAACCAAGGACGAGGUCGAUCCGGACAUCAUCAAUGCAGGAAAGGAAACCGUGACUUUGGUUCCCGGUGCCGCUACAUUUGAUAGCACUGAAUCAUUUGGCAUGAUUCGCGGUGGUCACGUUGAUGUGUCGAUCCUCGGAGCUCUGCAAGUAAGCGCCAACGGUGACUUGGCGAACUACAUGAUCCCUGGCAAGGUAUUCAAGGGCAUGGGUGGCGCUAUGGAUCUUAUCUCCAACCCAGACCAAACCAAGAUUGUGGUCGCAACAAGCCAUGUGGCCAAGGAUGGGUCACCCAAGAUUGUACAGAAGUGUAGCCUGCCGCUAACUGGAGCCAAUGUAGUCAGCACAAUUAUCACAGAUUUGUGUGUAUUCCAAGUGAACCGGGCCACCGGCGAGCUCACCUUGACUGAACUGGCGCCGGGUGUGGAGGUUGAAGAGGUGCAGCAAAAGACAGACGCCAAGUUCACCAUUGCUGACUCGUUGGAAAUUAUGGAGUAA